AUGUCCGCCGCGCUCAUCGGCGACUUCGCCAACACCUUCUCCAUCGCGGGCAUCACGUCCUACCUCCUCGCGUCCAGCCCAUCGGAGAAGGUCCAGCGGAUCGGCUUCCUGUCGCUCCUCACCUCCGCCAUCUUCAUCGGCUUCCUGGCCUUCGUGGCGCGCCCGGCCAUCCUGCGCCUCAUGCGCGACGUCCCCGAGGGCGGCCUCCUCUGCGAGGCGCGCCUCGUCGCCGUGCUGCUCACCACCAUCGUCUGCAGCUUCGCCGGCGAGAUCAUAGGCCUGCACGCCACCUACGGGCCCUUCAUGCUGGGGCUCAUGCUCCCCGGCGGCGCCCCGCUCGGGGUCACCCUCGGGGAGCGCCUGGACCGCCUCGUCGCCGGGGUGCUCAUGCCGCUGCUCUUCGCGCAGGGAGGCCUGAGGCUGGACGUAUUCAAGAUCGCCGAUGCCUCCAUAUGCCUCCUCCUCCAGUUCUUCCUCGUCGUCGGCGUCGCCGCCAAGCAGGCCUUCAUCCUCGGCCUCAUGAUGAACUUCAAGGGCAUCACCGAGGUCGCCUACGCCUCGGCGUUCAUGGACUCUGACGUCUUCGACGAGCAGGUGUACGCCGCGUUCAUGCUCAACGUGCUGCUGCUGGGCGCCGCCACGGCGUCGGUGGUCACACAUGUACCACCCGGAGGAGAAGUACGUGGCGUACCGCCGCCGCACGGUGCAGCACAAGAAGCUGGGCGACGAGCUGCGGGUGCUGGUGUGCGUGCACUCGCAGGCGGACGUGGCGCCCAUGCUGGCGCUGCUGGACGCCGCCAGCGCGUCGCCCGUGUCACCCGUCGCCGUCUACCUCCUCCACCUCGCGCCGCUCGUGGGGCUCACCAGCCCGUGCUCCGCGCCUUCAAGCACGGCGACCGGAACUGCGUGCCGUCGGGCGGCACCGACUCGGAGCGCAUCGUCAACGCCUUCCAGUACUUCGUGCAGCAGCGCCCCGUGGGGUCCGCGUCGCUGCUCCCCUACGUCUGCAUCGCGCCCUACGCCACCAUGCACGACGACGCCUGCGCCGUCGCGCUCGAGAAGCGCGCCAUGCUCAUCGUCGUGCCCUUCCACCAGCGCCUUGCCAUCGACGGCUCUGUCGAGAACACCACGGCCAGCGCCGGAUCCGUCCAGGCUGCCAACGUCAACGUGCUCAACUACUCCCCCUGCUCCGUCGCCAUCCUCGUCGACCGCGGCAGCCUCUCCGUCGUGCCCGCCGGGGCCGCCACCGACGGCUUCCCUCACCGCAUCGCGCUCUACUUCCUCGGCGGGCCCGACGACCGGGAGGCGCUCGCGCUCGCCACGUACAUGGCCGAGGACGCGCCCAUCGGCCUCACAGUGUUCCGCUUCCUGCCGCCGCCGGAGUGGCGCAAGGGCGGCGACCCCGAGGAGGACCGGCUCGACGAGGAGGCGCUGCAGGAGUACGUCAGCCUGUGGGUCGACGACCACCGCGUCGCCUACAGCGAGAACCUGGUCUGUGGCUCCGAUGAGAUGGUGGGCAUCAUCCGGAAGUCCAGCCCGGCGUCGGACCUGCUGAUCGUCGGCCGGCGAGCGGACGGCCCCAAGUCACCGCUGACGGUCGGCAUAUCGGACUGGAGCGAGCACCUGGAGCUCGGCGUCCUCGGGGACCUGCUCACGUCCACGGACUUUGGAUGCCAGGUGUCAACGUUGGUGGUGCAGCAGCAGACCAGGGCAGCCGCCGGGGAAAUCAGCCGGUCGCCGCAGAAGAACACGGAGAAGCCACCUGAAUCUGACGGCCACGUUUGA